UUUAUCAAUCAAUCAAUUCAUAAUUUUUUUGCUUGUGUUUUUCAUUGUUGUUUCUUUCUCGUACUAUUUGGUCUCAUACCACCUGCACCGCACGCUGGUCAAUGCUCAUAGCCUUAAAGUUUUCGUGGUCGGAAAAAGUUAACUGAUCCGAUUAAAAUGAACGACGAAGAAAUAGAAAUAAUAAGUAGCAGCGCUGAUUUAAACGAAGUGGGCAAGGUUUUAAAAGAUUUUCUGAAAAAUAAUGAAAAUGUAUUUACAUUCCCCUUACUCUAUGAAGAAAACCGAAGAGUCAUUUUGUGGACAGCUCUGUUUCAGCGCCUUCAGCAAGAGUCAUCAGAGAAAAUACAUGAUUUGUGUUUAGCAGUAAUAAGAAUAUUGAGCCGAGACAAAACAGAAUUGGACAGUUUGGUCUGUGAGAAAUGGAUCACUACAUUAAUUGAGAGAGGAGGGUUAUACAAUUUUGUGAGUGUGGAAGAUGAAACAAAUUCACCAUUGGAUAUGCCAAACAAGGAAAUAGUUGUUGAGGCAUUGAAGUGUCUGUGCAACAUUGCCUUCAACAGCGAAGUGGCUAGAGCUCUGUGUGCACACACCAGCAUUGACCAAGCAUUAAUCGGUAGACUUAGAGUCUACAAAGACAUACCUUUUAAAGAAGAGGUGAUGCUUUAUGACAUGAAGCUACUUUUCAUCUUGACUGCUUUGAGGCAGGAUAUAAAGAAGAAAAUAAAAGAUGUGUUGCACGGCAUGGACUACCUGAUUAGUGGCUUGAAUGAGCUGUUGCUGGAAGCCACUUUGCCAGAGACUGAAGCGAAUGCCUCAGCCUGUGCCAUUGAUGAGCAAAGCCACUAUUUACUUCAGGACAGUCACCAAGGGAUAGCAUGUGAGAUUUUGAAGACACAAUUUAACUUGAUAAUCCACUCGGGGUCAGAUGAGCCUGUGGAUGAGGAGGAAGAGGCCAUGUACCUGAAGCUGAUGCCAGUCCUGGCUGCACUGCUGUGUGCACAGGCCACCAGUGAAGCCAAACUUAUGGAGCUACACAUCAAUAUUGCUAAUUUGUUAACAAGUGUACCACCAAUGUUCUAUUCCUAUCUGACUCCUGAGUUGACUGUGGGAGAAGUGUGCCAACACGAGUUUGAAGGCAGGAAUAUGGAUGCUUUGGAGGCCUUGGUGCAGUUAUUACAUCAUCGUUUGGAGAGCACAGCAGGCACAAAGAACCAGUACGAGGACUUAUCGCCAAUCCUGACGGUGAUGGUCAAAAGCGCGCGCGGGUGCCGAGCGCAGCGCAAGUGGUUACGCGGGCGCGUGCUACCGCCUCUUCGUGACGUAUCCCGUCCACCCGAGAGAGGCCGCACUACACGCAACCAGCUGUGUCGACUGCUGACCACACCAGUGACAGCCGUCAGGGAUCUGGUGGCUGAGUUCCUGUUUGUUCUGUGCAAGGAGAAAGUGGGUCGCAUGGUAAAGUACACGGGCUUCGGCAACGCGGCGGGGCACUUAGCACAGAAGGGGCUUCUGGGCGGCGGGCGCGGCGCCCAAUACUCGUCUAGCAGCGACGACUCCGAUACCGAGGAGUAUCUGGAGGCGGCGCCACAUAUCGACCCGGUGGUGGGAUGCACCAGGCCCCCGCGAGCCGACCCCUUCGAAGGCAUGACUGAGGAGCAGAAAGAGUACGAGGCGAUGAAACUAGUGAACCUCUUCGACAGGAUGGUUUCGGAAGGCGUGGUGAAGCCGGCGCGGGUGGGUCCCGACGGCAGGCCGCAGCCCAUCGAACACGUGAUGGAGUUCCGCGAACACGUGCCCAACAGGCCGCAGUCUUAGGCUUCACCUUUGCAAUGCCAGUGCUCACAGACCUGCCCUUUAUUUGCCGCGAUAGCACAGUCUAUAAGAGAGGGUUACAUCUGAGAUCAGGCAUUUAAAUGGUUAAUAUAAUAUAAAUCAGCAUACCACGCGAGUGAAAUUCAGGCCCGAAUGAAACUCAAGUUGAAUUCGAAUUUUGAGUUUUUAACAUCUUACAAAAACCUUAAAACGACUCAGACCAACGAGUGUAGAAACUACUGGAGCAAUGAAGAGUCUAAUUGAGGAUCAAAUUUCAUUGGGUUGUUUGAAAAUCUUUUUUGAAUUGGCAUUAAUAUGGCUAUGAUACAAAGGCAUUCCCUUGGGAUACAAAGAUGUACCCUACAACGAUUUUAUAAUACACCACCGCUGUACCACGCGUGUCAUGACUUUUUCCAUUACACAAACAUAUUUUGGCGCUUCCUUUGCCUAGUAAAAUUGUGGCCAAGACACGUGCUGUACAACCUAUUUGACGUCAUGAGCUGGUUUCCAUACAGGGUUGUCAUUUGACAGCGUCGCGCGCUAUAGCGAUAGCGACAUACCUAACAACAAAACUAUAAUCUUAUAUGUUGUAAUAUGUUCUUCACGGAUUGUACUACUAUCUCGUAAUACCUACUAUUACAAAUUAUGUACUGCUGUAAGUAAUGCAAGUGGAUUAUCCAAUGUGAGAUUGAAAUAUUUAUUAUUUAUAAAUAAAUAAAUUAUUUAGUAAUUAUCGCAUGACUAACAUUUUAGAAUGAUUCUAUCUUCAGUAGAUAAUAUGUAAUUAUAUUAGUUAAUGGUAGAUGUUUAAGAAUAAGAAGAGAAAGACUAGUGAUAUUGGUAGGCAAGCAGGUUGUGGAGAUAUCAGUGAUGGAAGCCAGAAAAUAUGUAUGUAGUAUCUACUAAACUGCCUUUUCAGGGUGUCUAUAUUUAUUUAUUUAGAAAUAUACUUUUAAUAUACA